AUUGAAUGGACCUUAUCACCAGAUGAUUGAUCCUUGUAGCGGGCAACAUUUGCGGUCCAUCGGAGAAACAAACUUUUUGACUCACCGAGCUUAAACGACCAGAGCAUUUUUUACAUAACAAAUGCGCACCCGUUUGAAAGCACUCGUUUGGUUAUGGAUGGGCGGUUGUUUGGCUGUUGCUGUUUCUGGUUCGGACUAUGGCGAGCAGGCACCAUUAAAAGCGAUUGUUGCGCCGUCGUUGGAAGUCACUACUGGUGGUGGAUAUGCGGAGGGACGAAUAUGGGAUGGUGUCGAGGAGAGGGAGGAGACUUUCGAGAUGGCCGAAUUGAUGCGACGACAGUCAUCCCUGCCAUCACUGGUGGUAGGGUACCUUGUUCCCCAGGUGGAUCCUUGCAACGCUCCGCUGGUGGAUUGGUUUCGAGUGGUUGUGGACGAUUUGCAGGGAGCUGGUAUACUGGCAGGGGCAAAUAUUACGAUUGUGCGGGGGGUAACAGCAAAUCAGAGACCACUGCAAGGUCAACUUGCAACCGAUAUGGCUACGGGGCAGAAUGCGAUUGGGUUUCUUGGUGUCGAUUCAUCGUUCGCCGAAGACGGGGCCUAUGGAGCAAGUGUCUACCACAUUCCCUUAUGCGACGGAAGCACAUUGUCGCGGUCCUUAUCCCUUAGUAGCGUCUACUCCACAUAUUUCCGCACCAUCCCAGACUUUCUGCAACGGGUACUGGCAGGAACGAAAUUCAUCCGCUCUCAAAACUGGAUGCGGUAUACCGCGUUGGUUGGGUAUACCUAUGACAGUGAAACCCUAAACGCACUUCCACAAGAAGACUUGAAGCGAGCAUCCCUCGAAUUAUUUGUGCCGGCUCUGGAACAAGGGCAUCCGGAUUACACCCCGCAGCUACAACGCAUCAAAAACUCUGGAAUGUCGAUCCUGCAAUGUGACAUGGACGGGCCAACCCUUGCAGCUGUUUUGACGAUUGCUUCGAAUCUCAACAUGAUCAAUCGCAACUAUGUUUGGAUCAUCCCAGGGGACGCUUACGACUUUAUUAUUCGUACCAAUGUUACCCUUGUGCCGUUAAUGGAGGGUGCUAUUGUUAUUAGUUCAAUUAGGGGACGAGGACCCGUUUGGGAUAGCCUGGUCUCGAGAUGGAGGACACCUGCAUUUAUGGAGAGAUAUCCCUUACUCCAACAAUACGCUACCCCACCAAGUCAUUAUCUCCCCUUCCACACGUGUCUUGACCUCCUCCUUCGCGGCUACGACCGCCUUCUUCAUCAAAAUAACAACCAAACACUUCAAGACCUCGCAGCAGGAUGGAAAGGCUCUGUUCUGCCUCGGGUAGACGUUCCAAGGAAUUUUACGUUCCCGGAUUACCAGACUAUUACGGGUGUGGUGUCGUUUAAUGGGAAUACGCGAGUUGGGCACUUUACGUACAGUUAUAUCGCAAACGGCGUAUUGAUUGAUUUUGCAACAAGUAUUGGAGAUGCAGCUAUGAACUUUUCUGCACCUGUUUUGUAUUUUGGUUCGACGACGAUUCCGCCAGAUACAAUCUCUGGUGAUCAUGACGAUGAGUCGCAUUUCUGGAUGAUACAUGUUGUAUUGCCCAUCACGGUCUGUUUUGGCACAUUCAUUUUGGUGGGCGCGGGGGUAGCUUUUUGGAGGUGGAAACGGCAUAAGCGUCAACGAGAGCUGCCACCUACAAAACCUUUAGGGCAUUUUCCGAAACUGGAUACAAGAGGACCAGCCCAAAAGGCCAUGGAAAUCCUCCAAGAAUCCAAAGACCCGGCCAAAAAACGUAAACUUUCAGCAAAAGAAAUUGAUUUCAUUAUCGACGUUCUCAACUCUGGAGGUGCAUUUAACCCCAAUCUCGAUAGAAUGGAGGGCGCCGAAGGGGCCAAAGUGGACGCUGAAACGCGCGCUUGGGUGCUGGACAUCCUGGCUGCAAGUCCAUCUUCCCAUGGUCCCAACGGAAUGGUCGCUCCAGUAUCGAGACAGAGCUCGGACUCUGCCAAUAAUGUUGAUCCAAGACGAAUGUCAAAGGGUGCUGGGAUGGAAAAGGGUGGUUCGCAAAGUGAACGGUCGCGAUCGAGUAUUGCAGAUGGGGUAGCGAGCGCUGGGACCACGCCGAGUGGGUUCGAGCUCGGUGUGCUCAGACAACGUCGUGGGUCGUUGAUGGGCAGCACCGGUCGAAGAGUGUCUAUUCGCCCCCAGGACAGUAUCGAAUCGACUCGGUCAGGAUUAUUCUCCUCUCACCCGCUCGAAGAGUGCCCAUCACAAGAAAUUCCUACGCAGAGCAUUCCAACUGACCUCGAUUUGAUUGAUCAAGUCAAGAUUAUGGAUUAUCUGACGGUUUGGUACCAUUCGUGGAAUUUUGAUAUGUUCCAGUUUGCCGAGAUGACGAAUGGGCAUCCAUUGUAUUAUUCGGGGGUUUAUCUCGUGCAGUCCAGUCAGGCUUUGGGACAGUUGCAGUUGGACAUGGAGAAAUUCAAGCGAUGGAUUUUGUUGAUGGAAGCAGAGUAUCACCCUCACCCCUACCACAACGCCAUUCAUGCCGCCGAUGUUCUCCACGCCCUAAACUACCUCCUCCUCGAAGACCCUCUCGCGGUACACUAUACCCCUCUCGAAGUCCUGGCCCUUCUCAUGGGAGCUGUCGGACACGAUAUCGAUCAUCCAGGCUUUAAUAAUAAUUUCUUGGUGAAAAGCCAUCAUCCUUGGGCGAUUCUGUAUUGCGAUUCGAGUGUCCUAGAGUUACACCAUUGUGCCCAUCUGUUCAGCAUGACAUUGAGCUCCCCAUGGAACAUUUUUGCAGAUUUAACAAACGACGAGUACGACGAGCUGAGAAGGGUUGUCAUUCGUGUUAUCUUGGCUACGGAUAUGGGAAAGCACUUUGAGUACAUUAACAAGUUCAAAUCCAAAAUAACCGCUGGACAACUUGUCAAGCUCGAUCAAAUCCCCGAAAACCGAAUCGUCAUUGCCGAAAUCGCCAUGAAGUGCUCUGAUCUUUGUAAUCCGACAAAGACGUUUGCCUUGUCUAGCAAGUGGACCGAGGCCGUGAUGGAAGAGUUUUAUCGACAGGGGGAUAAGGAGAGGGAAUUGGGGCUACCGAUCUCGCAAUUUAUGGAUCGGUCAAAUACGAAUGUGCCCAAGUGUCAGAUUGGUUUCAUUGACAUUCUUGUCGCUCCGCUUUACGAUGCUUGGAAUACGUUCCACGCCAAUGAAGAGAAAACAGCCAAAAUCGUCCGCGAAAUUGGCAAAAACCGAUCAAAAUGGGUGGGAUUGACCCUCUCCCAAACCAUCAGCCCACAACAACAACAACAACAACAAGGAGGAGGACAAUCCAUGGCGGGUGCAUCCAACCACGGUCUUGCUCAGUCUGCUGUAUCGAUUGCCUCACGGAAUCCCACGCGUCAGACGAGCGCGCAGCAGCAGGGGCAGGGUCUACCUUCUUUGAGCGGGAGUAGUGGCGGAUUGGCACCUCCAUCGAGUGGUUCACUAAAUCAGUCCACGUUGGAUAAUCUCCCUUCGUUGCCUGUUUUACCGUUGGGUGCCUCCAGGCCACCGAGAACGCCGACGGGGUCAUUGGGACGAGUGGGGAAUAAUCGGAUAUCGGACACGGUGGCUGAUAUACGGGAUAAGGGAGGGAUUAUUAUGAAUACGGGGGAUGUGAAGAUUGAUGGUCAACCCAUGGCGCAUUUGUUGUUACUGGACGGUGCGGAUGACAAGGUUUGAAAAGGAAGAAGAUGGUGUCAUUGCGCCAAGUGGUGUGGUUGAAAAGGAUUACCGAUACGACAAACGUUCUGCAUGUUUCUGGUGGUUGGUGUGGCAAGAAACAGCUGAUAGCAAAUCCAAGUUUUUUUUUGGUUUGGUUUGGUUUGGUGUGGUGUGGGAUUUCCUGUUUUUUUCCAGGUUGUUUUUUUUCUCUCCAGAUGUCUGGCUGAACGGGCUGGUUACUGUUUUUCUUAAUGACACUGGAGAGUAAAGUUGAAGAUUGGGGGAUAGUGAAAUGUAAUCUAUAUCUUUUAUAAAUACAGUUUUUGGGACAAGC